AUGGGCGCCCGCAAUCUCAUCCCCCUCAUCCUCCUCCUGGUCUUCGUUGGCGUCCUCGCCGUGGUCGGCUUCGUCGUCUACAGCAUCGUGCAAGAUGUCGGCAAGAACACGCGUGAGAAGAUGGAGCGCAAGAACAUCGCGUUCACCAAAGACGGCAUGAAGGUGCAAGUAAAAGAGAUCAAGGACGAAGCCUACAAAGAUCGGACCCAAGGUGUUCUGGUCAACAUGUGGAACCACACUUCCUUCCCUGCCUACAAGAGCCGACUUUGGGAUAUGAGUGGCUCCUCUUCUACGGAUCAGAAGAAUGGCGCUGAGAAGCGCAAGUAG